AAUACGAUGAUAAGGAAAUAUCAAAUAUUCAAUUUGUAUCAAAAUCAGAUUCGAAUGGUGAAGAAACUGUGGAUGAAGAAUCCAAGGAAGUUAUUGAAAAACAUCGAGAUAACUUGGUUAACAAGCUUAAGUCAUGUUGCUCAUGUAAAAAGAAAUGUAGUAAAAAAAUUUCGUCAGACCUGUUACAAUCUUUAGCAUUAGAAAGUAUUAAGAUGAGCAAAGAGCAACGACAUUAUACAAUGACAAUACUUAUGUUUUCAUCUGAUAAAGGGCCACACAAAAGACCUUUCAAUACCAAGUAUCAGCUACCAUACUUCGGUGAAGUUUGUAGUCUUUUUUUUCAAACAUUUUGGCUAUGUGGUAAAGAUGCUUUCUAUCGUUUUCGUGGAUGGGUUCAAGAAAAAAAAUCUAUGCUUCCCCCACUUCAUGGAAAUGCUGGCCGUUCACCUGUCAUUAAAUUACAUGUUGAAACAGUUAAUAAAAUAAAAUCGUUUAUUAGAUUAACUGGUAAUCAACACGGUGAGGCACUAGCUGUUCGAAAAUAUACACGAAAAAAGACAGAUGGACAAAUAACAGUACAAUAUGAAAAGCAUGAUCUUGUCCUUCUUCCAUCUCACUAUUCCUAUAAUCAGCUUUUAGUCUUCUAUAACCUAAUGCAUCCAGAUAAUCUUGUAAGUAGCUGGAGCUUUCAAAAAAUAUGGAAGGACGAUCUAGAGUUAAGUAAGAUUGUUAUUAGAAAACCAUCUAAAGAUGUAUGCGAUGAAUGUACCUUGUUUAAACGUGCAUUAAAAGAAAGCAGUAAUGUAAAUGAAACCCUUGAUGACCAAUUUGCCACGCAUAUAUAUGAUUAUCGUGCUAUGAGGGAAGCAUAUAAAAAUGAUAUUCAAAUGGCAAAAGAGUCUAAUCGAUCUGCAUUUCGUGUUUUGUCUUUUGACUUCGCUCAAAACGUUGAGAUACCUCAUGACCCUCAACAACCAGGAAAGUGGUAUUAUUCGUCAUUGUUAAAAGUGCACCAAUUUGGAUUAGUGGAAGAAGGUAUUGACCGUCAUUGGCAUUUUCUUUAUACAGAAGCAAAAGCAGCAAAAGGGGCCAACGAAGUUACAUCUAUGGUGCAUCUAUUUUUAACUUCUGUUGUGGGUAAAGUAAAUGAAAUUAGAUUAUGGGCGGAUAAUUGUGGUGGACAAAAUAAAAACUCGUGUCUUCUAUGGUAUUUCCUAUGGGCCUGUCACACCCAAAUAUUUCAAAAAAUCGAAUAUUGUUUCCAGAUCAAAGGGCAUACUCGAAAUUCUGUUGACCGAGGAUUUGGUAAUACUAAAAGAGAGUAUGCCAGAUCAGAGGUUUGGUGCAUUGACCAGUUAGUUGAAGUAAUAAAUAGGAGUGCGAGUAAUAAUUUUUCUGUAAGCUUAGAAGAUCAAAUAGGACUAUUCUGUGAUUGGACUUCUGCACUUAGCUUAUUGUACCGUAAACCUCCAGCAAUUCAAAAGUACCAUUUUUUUCAGUUCAGCAGUGAAAAUCCCGGUAUAAUGAAAGCUAAGAUCAAAACUACUGAUCCAUGGGAUGAAUUCCAAUUAUUAAAACCGAAUGCCAAUGCUAGAAGUCUAAAUCCUCAAGAGCUUGCGCCAAAAAGUCUUUCUGAAGAAAAACAAGUUGACCUUUGGAACAAUAUUCGCCCAUAUUGUCCUAUUGUUUUCCGUGACAAAUUUUGCUCAAAACCAAGCAAUGACUUAAUUGAAAGGAUACAAAGAUGUAUCUUAUCGUAUUGUGUUACCGAAACUGCUAGAACACUGAUUGUCCUCAGGGGUCAAAUUCGCCAUAAUAAUUCACUUUCAG